GAGAAAGCAACAACAGCAACAACAACAAAAAAAAAUGUAGUCUUCUUCAGGGUUAACAUCAGAAGACAAGCUUGUGCCGCUUCGGCCAAUCAGAUGCGCGCCUGCCAGCUAUAAUAUAGUGCUAAAGGCAGCCUCUCUCACAAGCUCUCUAGCCUUGCUACCAUUUAAAAUCAGACUCUUUUUGUCUUUUGAUUGCUGUCUCGCGACCCAACUCCGAUGUGUUCCGUUAUCAGCGACCGGCAGCCUGCCAUUCGAGCCCCUGUCUGGGUGGGGAUCGGUGGAGAGUCCCCCGCGGCAGCGGCGGGCAAGGUUAUAUAGGAAGAGAAAGAGCGAAGCAGCGAGCCAGCGAGCGAGCGAGCCGGAGGGCAGCAAAGAAGGGAGAGAGCAAGAGCGCACACGCGCGCACUCGCGCACACAGCCCCGCGCGGGGACAGCUUUGAAGUCAUCGGGUUCCAUGGACGAGAUGCUGCUGCUGGCGCGGUGUCUGCUGGUGGUUCUGGUCUCCUCGCUGCUGAUGUGCUCGGGGCUGGCGUGCGGACCAGGAAGGGGAUUUGGGAAGAGGCGGCACCCCAAAAAGCUGACCCCUUUAGCCUACAAGCAGUUUAUCCCCAACGUGGCGGAGAAGACCCUAGGGGCCAGCGGAAGAUAUGAAGGGAAGAUCUCGAGAAACUCCGAGCGAUUUAAGGAACUCACCCCCAAUUACAACCCCGACAUCAUAUUUAAGGAUGAGGAAAACACAGGAGCAGACAGGCUGAUGACUCAGAGGUGUAAGGACAAGUUGAACGCUCUGGCCAUCUCAGUGAUGAACCAGUGGCCGGGAGUGAAGCUGCGGGUGACCGAGGGCUGGGACGAGGACGGCCACCAUUCGGAGGAGUCGCUGCACUACGAGGGUCGCGCUGUGGACAUCACCACGUCUGACCGUGACCGUAGCAAGUACGGCAUGCUGGCCCGCCUGGCUGUGGAAGCCGGCUUCGACUGGGUCUACUAUGAGUCCAAAGCCCACAUCCACUGCUCCGUGAAAGCAGAGAACUCGGUGGCGGCCAAAUCGGGCGGCUGCUUCCCUGGCUCCGCCACCGUGCACCUGGAGCAGGGCGGCACGAAGCUGGUGAAAGACUUGCGUCCUGGGGACCGCGUGCUGGCGGCCGACGACCAGGGCCGGCUGCUCUACAGCGACUUCCUCACCUUCCUGGAUCGCGACGACAGCGCCAGAAAGGUCUUCUACGUGAUCGAGACGCUGGAGCCGCGCGAGCGGCUGCUGCUCACCGCCGCGCACCUGCUGUUCGUCGCGCCGCACAACGCCUCCGCCGCCGGCGAGCCCGAGCUGGCGCCGGGCGCAGGGCCGCCGCCGGGGGGCGCGCCGGGCCGCCGGGCGCUCUUCGCCAGCCGCGUGCGUCCGGGCCAGCGUGUGUACGUGGUGGCCGAGCGCGACGGGGACCGCCGACUGCUGCCAGCCGCCGUGCACAGCGUGACGCUCCGCGAGGAGGCCACGGGCGCCUACGCGCCGCUCACGGCGCAGGGCACCAUCCUCAUCAACCGGGUGCUGGCCUCGUGCUACGCGGUCAUUGAGGAGCACAGCUGGGCACACCGCGCCUUCGCGCCCUUCCGCCUGGCGCACGCGCUCCUGGCCGCGCUGGCGCCCGCGCGCACGGACCGCGGCGGGGACCCGGCCGCGCCAGGUGCGGCCGACGCGCCAGGUGCGCCGGGCCCCGCGGGCAUCCACUGGUACUCGCAGCUGCUCUACCAAAUCGGCACCUGGCUGUUGGACAGCGAGGCGCUGCACCCCCUGGGCAUGGCGAGCCAGUCCAGCUGAAGCCCAGGGGCGCGGGAGGGGCGGGAGGCGGGAGGGCGGGGCGGGGCGGGACGUGGGAAGCGGCCGCGAGCCAGAGCGCACGGAAUGACACUCCACUCUAAGAAUACUGAAUAAUUAAGACUACAAGUAGGACAGUCCAAAGUAGAGUAUAAGAAAACAAAGGCCCCCCGGGAAUUUUUUUGUUGUUGUUGUGUUUAGUUUAUAUAUAUAUAUUUUUUUGAAUUUUUUGGUUAUUGUUUUAUUUUGGUUAUAUUUUUUUCCUCCUCUCCUGGCUAUUUAUUUGUUUGGUAUGAAUAGAUGUUUUAAAUAAUAUGAACCGGACCUUCAAGAGCCUUAACUAAGUUUGUUUCUUGGAUAAUUUAUUAUUAUCAUGUGGACUGUACUCACGGAGGGGGAAGAUUAUUUUGUGAGGCCAAGCAACCUGCUCAGAAUCUAUUUUUCUACUCGCCCCUCCUCCUGUCAGGAAGUACCCACAAUCCUCAACGCUCCUGCUCCUCAGCAGCUGUAGACUAAACACAUGCUUCAUGGGGUCCACAAAUUAUAUUUUUAUACACAGAAUUGUAAAUUAGAUUUUUUGAGAGAUCAGUACUUAACUGAAUUACAUUUCAUUUUUGAAAUAGUGUAAAAUAUGAAAAUAUAUUAUUUUAAUUUAACUAGUUUCCAAUGUAACAGCUGUCUCCUGUAUUGUCUUCAUGGUUUCAUGUUUGCUUUGUAAUCACCAUUCUGGCCACAUUCUUGGAAGCCGAGACUGUUACACACACACACACACACACAUACACACACACACACACUUUUUUUUUUUUUUGGACAAACUGGAAGAACUCUGUUAUUUUUAACGUCAAAGAAUUUAUUAGAAAAUAAUAUUUUUAAAAGCGCACAUAGUGAUGAGCCCACAAGGAUGGAGCCUGUAGUUUGUACAGAGAAAAAAAAACAAAGGAUGUUUUUGCAUUAAUAAACUGAGAAAUAACUGCUGUAAAUUUACUAAAAUGUAUUUUUGAAUAUUUUGUAAUAGUUUUAUAGAAAUAAAAUGUGCCACGCACAGACUGGUUAGUAUAUAAUAACUAAGAAUUCCUGUUGAGGCCUUUUGCUUUUUCUUUCUUUCGUUCUUUCUUUUUUUUCCCCCUCUUUGGCUUCUUUGUUUGGGCAGGAGCUCCCACUAUUAUAUUUCCGUGUGCUGCUCAUACUGUGAAUUCAGACUGACUUACGUAGCUAACCAAAGUAGGUAGACAAACUCAAUGUCGAAGCCUCAGCGCUGUGUGUGCUUACUGUACGGCGCGCUUCCUCCACUGCCUGUGAUGGGGGGAGGGGGCUGUGGCCCCCAGCCUCACCUCUUAACUGGCACAGCCUCACCGGUAGGCCCAGAGCCAGGGGCCCUGGGGAAGCCACCGAGCACGCUGUCUCUGCUCUGCGCGCAGGAGGUCCGUGGCCGUGCACUUGGCCGUGUGGAUGGCCGCUGGUCCUGUCUGCUUCAGUCUCCCCAAGCCCGGCGUGGGACGCCUGUUCUCUGCCUCGUCUCUGUGGACCAGUUGCUGUGUGCUCAGGGAUGCCCCGGUCCUCAGGCCACGCCGAGUUGUCUUUCUGGAGAGACGGCGAUGGUGGGUUUUCAGCCUAGGGCAGCCGGUGCCCAGGGUCAGCUGGCUCUGCUGGAAGCUUGACCCAGAGGGUCUGCACCCUCAGCCGGUGUCGGGGGCCCGGGCACUGGGUUACUCCCAGCUUUGAGCUGAGGGUUCUAAGCUGGCUGGCCUUGGGCCUUGGGCCCUCUCGGCAGAGGAAGCCUGCCUGGGAGAGUCCUUAAGUUUCGGGAGCAGUAGUGAACAGACCCAGUCCUCCCGUGGGUCCCGACACCAGGCCUGUGGGGACACCUGUCGCCAGCCCGGCGACACUCCUGUGCUGAGGGUCUGGCCGCAGGCGGCUUUCCGAGGGAGGCUGUGCUCACCCCGGCAACCCCCAGGAGCAGAAUCUCGCUGCUUUCCGAGGGGCCAGGCCCUCCAGGCAGGAUCAGUACUUUUCUUUGUUCUUGCUCCAUGGUUGUCAAGUUCAACACUGGUGUUUACAAUCCCUCGUGGAGUGUGAUGUUUCCUUUUGUCUUUGCAAGUCUAAGUAGGUCAAAGGUAAAGCAGGAACGUGGAGCACACUAAGUCCUCUGCGUUGAGGGGCCCGAGGAAUUGGUGAGGCGGCCUCAUCAGUCCGAAAGAGAAAUCAGGCAUCGACAAAGCCCCCCGCAUACCCUCGGCAGGGUUCUGGCAACCAGGGCACCUGGAGGCGGAGCUUCACACAGCGCCCCCUCCUGGACAGGUUGGGUGGUGGAGUCCCUCGCGGCUCCGGACCCCAGCCCUCCUGGUCCCUGUAUUACAGAUCGGCCCACCACCGUUUAUCUUCACAGCUCUUCUUCCAACAUGGUACCAUGGCAAAGAGAAACUGAAGUCAGGGCAUCCAGACAACACAGCCCACUGCCGCCCAGAGCACCCCUCUCCCAUCUUUAGGCUUGAUGAGGCCAAGAGUUUGCGCAAUGUGUAUACCUAGUGGUUGCCGCCAGCCCCCCUCAGGACUGAAUGCAUAUCUAUUCCUGUCCAAAAUGUGUAUCGGGAUGUACUUGAACCUGUCAUCUUUGUGCUCUGUUGUUUGACUCAUUAAAGAAAUUACAGAGAC